CGCAUGGAAGAAGAAGAAAACCGAAGAGGAUAAAGCACCAACUGACAACGCAUGACUCACUGGCGAAGCCGGAGAACACCUCGCUCGCAUUCUUCGGUACGCUUGUUCGUUCCAACAUUUUGUCAUUCAAGUCAGCAGAAAAAAAGAGACGAUUAACCACCAACACGGACGUCGAUUUCUGAACAUAAUGACUUCAUGACUUUCCUCAACUCGUUAGCUUCCUAGUUUAGCUCUCUAGCACAAAACAGCGACGCGAUGGGUCGAAGACGAAAUCCCUACCAAGACGGACCGCCACCUCCGGGCUGUUGGGCGUCGCCCAGAGAAUGGGGCCCCUCUCCUCCAGGGGGAUGGGGCCCGCCGCUGCAUGGAGGCUGGGGCCCGCCGCCGCCCCCAGGCUGGGGCCCUCCGCCUCCGGGAGGAUGCCGCCCCCCGACGCCAGCCAGUUGCGGCCCACGACCACCUGGGGGCUGGUGCCCGCCAGGCCCACCUCCCCCCGAAGGCUGGGGCCUGCCCCCUCCUGAGAGCUGGGGCCCGCCCGGUUUACCCCCUCCUGAGGGCUGCGGCCCUCCCGGCCUGCCCCCUCCUGAGGGCUGGGGUUCCACUCCUCUGGGAAGCUGGGGGCCCCUUCCUACCGGAGGCUGGGGUCUGCCCCCUCCUGGAGGUUGGGGCCCACCCCCACCGGAUGAAUGGAACACUGGCCGACCCCCGUCACCAGGCUGGGGUCAUCCGAUUCCUCCCCCUCACUGGGAACCCGACACUCCUCUUCCGGGCUGGGACCCAUAUGGCCCGAUGCACACUCCUUGCCUGCCUCUGCUUCCGGAUGUGGGUAAAGCGGUCCCCCCUCAGGGCUGCAUCCCUCCAUUUGGCUUCCCCGGACCGCCUCCUCAAGACUCGAUGCCCGUGCAGGGAGCGGCAAGCAAUCCGUUGCCGGAGCAGCCCCAGUGGAUUAAAGCGUUGAUUUCAGCCCCACCCACGGACGGUGCCACGGCUGAAAGUAAGCCGGUGCCUGACGAGCUUGCUGCCGUCCCGGAAACAGCGGUCACCUCCAAAACUGCAUCUGCCGACUCUGCCCUGGCAGCAGAAGCCGGCGGGACAGCCAAAGUCUUGGGACUGUUGGGAAAUCGAUCAUUUGACAAGCCUCCGGCGGGUAGAUCGACAGGCAUCAUCUCAUUCAUCGGGCCCACAUUUGGCCACAUCGAGCGAGAAGACAUGAAAAAGUUCACCUUUGACUUUGGCGUCUUCUUCGGGAACCCCAAAGCCAUGAAGCCCGGCGUGCGAGUGCAUUUCACCGCCUGUAUCUUGAAGAACGCCCAGAUCGCCACGGAUGUGAAAGUGGCACCUGGGGGCACGGAGAACGUGGACCAGGACAUCUACGAAGGUGUGGUCAGCCAGCCCAUCGUGGAGGCACAGGUGAGCUCUGUCCGGCCAGCCCGCAGGGAUGAAGGUGGCGGCCUCCCCUUCCCGUCGCCCAGUCUUGUCUUCCCGCAGGCCGGCGAGCGGCAGUUACCCGGCCAGGUGCACGUGGACAUUGUGCCGGUGAGGCUCAACCUGCCCUUCGACAGGAAGGACAGCACUGUCACUUUGCUAAAGAACGAUCAAGUUCUCAUCAACUUGCUGAGUGACAUAGUCACCGAAAAGAGGCGCGCCACCAACAUCCGACCCAAGAUCCCUGAAACCUUCCAGUUUACAGCGGAGACCCGUGAAACGGGCACCAUCGUCAGCGUGGGUGACACCGAAGGCGUGAUCAAGUUGAAUGCGCAUGGCGAGCUUCCCUUUGAUCUCAAGGAGAACUUUAGCGAGGUGGACUUUACCGCUGAAGACGUGGACGAACAAGUGGAGUUCACACUCCACAAGCUGCGAGCGGGCCAGCGGGCAAUUCGGAUCCAGCGGGUGAAGGAGCCUCUCCUGCUGACCCUCUGCAGCUCCACCUCAAAGACGGCGCUGUCAGCAAAGGUCAAGCUGCUGCCGGCCAAUAUGUGGCUGGACCCCGAACUGUACGAGGGCGUGGUCAGCCAGCCCAUUAUCAAGGCCACGGCUGGUAAGCAAGGCUACCCGGGGCAGAUCUUUGCCAACAUCGGACCCCUCCACACCAACGUGACCUUUGACCAACGGGACUGUAGUGUCACGCUACUGAAGAACGACCGCGUGCUCCUCAGCCUGCUGGUGGACACCAGGACCCAGAAGAAGCGUGCCACCAACAUUCGUCCCAAGACACCCUUCACCUUUGUCCACACCAAGGAGAAGCGACAACUGGGUGUCAUCAAGAGGUUGUCUGGGUCUGAGGGCAUCCUGACCUGCGAGGAGCAUGGAGAGUUGCCCUUCAACCUCUGCGAGAACUUCAGUGACACAGAGUUCGAUGCCCAAGACGUUAACAAAGAGGUUGAAUUCACCUUAACCCAGGUUGAGGACGAAAAGAGGGCCAUCAGACUCCGUCGGACCAAGAUGGUGGAGGACCGAAUCGAGACUGAGAAGAGAUGGCAAGAGGAGGAGGACAAAAAGAAAGAAGAGAAGAAGUCGAAAGACAAGAAGUGGAAGGAGGCGGCGUCUGUGGGACUUGCUGCCGCCAAGGACAAGUGGACGCUGCUGGGCUUCAACGUGCCCAUUCCUGACAGUCAGCUGGAAAUCAGCAAGGAACGCUUCGACGGUACUGUCCUCAAAGCAGCCAGAAGACAGCGCAUGGAAAAGGAGAUCCGGGACGAGCAGGGAACAAUUGCAGAGGAAGACGUGAAGAUCAAGCAGGAGCAAACGGACCCCAAACAAGAAGUGGAUGGCCAGGGAAAGACACAAGAGGAGGUCGGGCGGCUGGUGAUGACCAUGGAGGGUCGCCAGAAGCAGCUUCCUUUUGGGCCCGGUGACCUCCUGACCGGUGCCACCAUGUUGACUGGAGACAAGGUGCGCUUCAACGUGGCUGUCAAUCGGGAGACCAAAGAAGAGCGAGCCACUUUGGUGGAAAUCCUUCCCGCCACCUUUGAAGAGUCCACGGAGCAACGGCGACACGGCAUCGUCAUCGAGUUCUCAGAGGAGCACGGCCUCAUCAAGUGCACGCAGAACCCACAACUCUUCUUCUCCUUGUCUGAAGUCAUUGGAAAAAGGAAAUUGCAGUUGAACGAGAAGGUGGAGUUUAGCGUGGUCCCGCACGACAAUGCGGCGGGCGGCCACCAGGCUAUCAGGAUCAAACACUGCGCCGAGAGUGUUUUCUUACCAGCCAGAAAACUGAUCGCCGCCACCGUCGGCAAAGGGAAGAUGAGCAUCAAGCUGGCAAACUCCUCAGAUGACUCCAAGAAGGAGGCGCCGAGCAGCGACAGGCUGAAGACAGUGGUGAAACAAUUGCGAGCUCAGGACAAGUGGACGGCGAGUCUGGAUCGAGGCUACAGCCGGAGUCCGAGUCCAAGUCCGCCCAAAGACAAGUUUGGACGACAAAUGAAAAGGAGACUCAGCACGAGUCUGGAACGCAAGCAAAAAACCAGCCGGCAUAGACGGAGCGCCAGUCGGGAACGCCACUACAGGCGUACCAGAAGUCGUAGCAGGAGCGCUAGCUGGGAAAGAGCUGGAGCGAGAAGGAGCAAAGUCAGUGGGGAGCAAGACCAGGGGCACAAGAGGAGGAGGGAGCGCAGUCCUCUUCCCAGGGCUCGUGCAGGACCGGUAGAUGACGAGCUGGCAAGAAAGAAGCGAGAACUGGAGGAGCUCAAUGAUAUGAUUGCCUUCAAGAAGUCUCUGAUGGCUGUCCGGGGCCCGGAGCCCCGACAACGAACGUGCAUAGACUACGACCACGGUCGCAUCGCCAACCCUUUGGCGGAUUUCAUACCUGUCCGCUCCAUUUUGAAGAAACGGCAAGAAGAGCCGGAGUACCCCCGCCGUCUUCCACCAACGUACGACAAGCUUGACUUUGGCCAGCCAUACCCACACUUGGCCGAGCGCUAUGCUGAUGGCUAUACUGAUAGCUAUGCUGAUAGAUAUCCUAGCGUUUUUGCCAGUCCUCUGUACGGUGAGCGAGCGUACGACAGCUAUGGUAAAGGUCCGUUUGAGAGCCCUUCCUCUGUUGGCCAGCGUUACAUGGAUCGCUACGACGUUUACGAUGAGCCCUACGAUGAUCCGUACCGUGACCUGACAUCUGCGGAGCGACCGCAUCACAGUCACCAGCCAAAGUGCCAGGCUCCAGAAGAUUGUGCGCCGUCGUCAGCCUCUGUCUCGUGUGCGCCGUGCCAGUCUCCGGAAGAUUGUGCGCCGUUGUCGGCCUCUGUUUCAAGUGCGCCGUUGUCGGCCUCUGUCUCAAGUGCGCCGUCAUCGGCUUUUGUCUCGUCAUCUCUGCAAACGUCCUUCAGACCAUCCUCUCCCACUCAACCGCUGUCCAAAAGCCCCUCGCCAGCCUGCGCAAAUACGGCGAAGCCCCCACUCGAUCGCUUUCUUGAUAUGCUUCAGAAGAAGGAGAAUCCUGAAAUAAGAGCAGAACCGGUUCCUGUCAUCGACGAACUUCUGCCACAUGAACGGGCGCUUGAAGAUGGCAAAGACUUCUCUUGGAUUGUUGGUUUGGCUCAAGAAUCUUCUGGCACCCGUGUGGCUGUGCACGAUGAGAAGAAAUCAGCGUCUGUGGAAAGGACUGCUCAGGUGCCUAAGACUGCCCCCUAUCGCCAGAUCCAGACUUUGCUGCGUACAAUUGGCCUGAAGUUGACCACGGAAGACAUGGCGCAGCUGGCCAGCCAUGCCUCGUCGCCCAAGAGAGAGGGGACUUCAACAAAAUGGGAAGGAACCUUGAGACACGGAGGCUCAUCCCUGCAGGCGGACACUGUCCCUUCCCCAUGCCCCACCAGAUCAUCCAGUUCGGAGCCCUCUAGCAAAAAAAAAGGUAUUUCCGAGUAUGAAGAAUUCCUCGAUCAACAAGAGUUGGAGAUGCUCAAAAGGGCUCAAGAGCUGCAAGAUCUUACCAAAACAAUGGGAAGCGCCUCAUCUGCGCCCAGCCCACCUGCUGGGCCUCCCCCUGCACACUACCGCCAUCCGUCCCCUCCAGUCAACUGGCCGCUGGAGAUUUCACCCAAAGUUCCUCCUGCUGCUAUGGGCCGUCUUCCCCCUGGACCACCUCCCGGACCGCCUCCUCGACGUCUUCCUGGACAACCUAUUUUUACGGUGGCCUGUAGGGACGCAAAGCCGUCUGUAGCUCCAGCCCUUUGGUCCUCGGACCCGCGCCCCCCUGGCACUGCCACCCGAGGAACCUCGCCAUUGGUGACUGACACCAAGGAUCAGUCCAACAUCUCCACAACAGUGGCCAAAUGCCUGCAGGUCAUUAAAAGCGUCAAGUGUUUGGCUGCGACACCAGCAGCAACGCCACUCAAAUCGGUCCAGUUUAGUUUGCCGUCGGAGUUGCCGUUGGCUUAUGGUCCCGCUGGCUCACUCAAGCAAGUUGGUGUCGUGAAAAGCAAGCAGAAAGAGAAGUUGGAUUUGUACAACCAGAAGCUCGUGGACCUGCAAGAACAGCAGUCCAGGGACGCACAAGGCCACCAGAAACCAGGCAAUGGUGCCAUGAUUGCCUCAGGAAAACCAGUUGGCCUUGGCCCCCGCAACGUUUGGAUUUGCGGCCAUUCGCUGGUGUACUGGGCAGAGUCGCGGGCCAAAUCAGUGGGGGUAGGUGCGCAGCUGGGCAUGGACUCCGACAAGGUGGUGCUCUGGUGGAAGGGAAUCCAGGGCUUGACCUGGGCCGAGCUGCUGCCCCUGCUCCAGCAGCUCAAGGUCAGCUGGCCUGACCCCCACGUCAUCAUCAUGCACCUGGACGGCAACGACUUGAACACGGAAACGCCCAGCGAUCUGCUGUCAUCUGUCAGGAGAGACCUGGUUUCCGUGAGGACUGCCUUCCCGUACUGCGUCUUGGUUUGCUCCCAGAUCCUCCCCCGUCGGGCGUGGCGUCACUUAGCUGAUGCCCACGAAGUGGAUCUGGUCCGAAGCACAGUCAACCGCCGCAUCCACAACAUUAUUGCCGAGGUGGGUGGCAUGUUUCUGACCCACGACAACAUCCGCUGUGGGGCCAACACGGGCCUCUACCAACCCGAUGGAGUGCAUUUGUCGCACAAAGGAAUGGAUGUGUUCAAUGGGAACCUGCAAAACUUUCUGGAGAAGUGGACUGAGGAAAUCACUGCCACAGCCGCCUCCCAAUAAUGCCACCUGCAGUCUUCUUGUCUUGGCUCAAACAGCAUCUUUACUUCAGAUUUUUUUUUUUUUAAACGUUUAAAUAAAUCUCGUUUGACCUUU